GUUGUCGUCCAUGCGAAUAUAAAUUUGAGGGUCAUAAUGACGGUCCCAGAAAUUUAUUAAAUCGAAUUAUAUUUCACAGCGCCCAACUUUCCAGGCGACGGUUAUCUCGACUUCAAAACUGCUCCACACCAUGACCGAAAUUUCCAUCAAAAAGGGGCCAAUCCACUUGGCUGGCCUACUCUUCAGACCCUCGAACCCAGCGGCAAAGACAACCCCCGGACUAGUGAUCAUCCAUCCUGGCGGUGGUGUCAAGGAGCAAACCGCCCAUAACUAUGCUCAGAAAUUGGCAACCGCUGGCUUCACAACAAUCACCUAUGACGCCUCCUUCCAGGGCGCUAGUGGGGGUGAACCUCAUUUCCUUGAAGACCCGAACGAACGAGUGAGCGACGUCUACGCCGUCAUCGACUAUCUUCAAACCCUUGAUGCUGUCGACCCCGAGAAGAUCGGUGUUGUGGGUAUCUGCGCUGGAGGCGGUUACGCAGCUGCAGCGGCAAAGGCAGACCACCGGCUGAAGGCCCUGGCAACCAUCAGCAUGGUCAACAUUGGCGAUUCCGCGCGCAAGGGGUGGGAUGGGGAUGAAGAUCCUUCCAAGCAAGUCGAGUCCCUUCGUGCGGCUGCAGCCCAAAUCUCUGCUGAAGCGAAGGGUGCCGAACGCGCUUCUGCUCCUUACGUCCCUCCCCAGCCGGACAGCACGACUCCAAGGGAUAUGAGAGAAGCGAGUGAUUAUUACCUCACCCCGCGCGCACAGCACCCGCGCGCGGAGAAUAAAAUGCUGUUUCUCAGCUUUCCUCGCGUCCUUACGUUUGAUGCUUUCCAUCUGGCAGAUGUGUUCCUCAAGCAGCCUGCUCUUCUCAUCGCUGGCGAAAAGGCAGGGUCUCUGUGGCACACUGAACGAUUGGAUAAGAUGAUUGGCGGUGCUACGCAAAAGGUUAUUGUUCCGAACGGUGCGCAUAUGGAUUUCUACGAUAACGAGGCUUAUGUCGGACCGGCUGCUGAGAACGUUGCCGAAUUCAUGAAGAAACAUCUCGGCUAGUGGCCGACGGGUUAACGUCAGUUGUUGGUGCGGUCCACUUUAGGGCAGAGCAAGUUGGAGCUGGAUAGAUGUUAGUAUAUAGCAACUGCGAAACGCGAUGCGAAAUACGAUUACUGGGACUCGCCAUUCACUGCAGCACGGUUGUGGAGAAUAACACUAAGAAUGCUUCAUCUGGGGAUUGGAUGACUCGACAACUCGUGUUAGGCUUUUCAUA